AUGAGCAGUACCGCAGCGGGCCAGCAGCUAGCACCCGCGGACUUGCCCCUGGUCUCAACGGGCCACACCGCCGCUGCUGCUGCUGCACCCCAUCGCCUCCACCACGCGCUUCUCGACGACCCCCCUGAUGCAUUCGGUGGCGGCGGGGAUGCUGUCGCCGUCGACAACGGCAUGCAGCACCUCUUGCCGCCGCCGCCAGCGGCGGCGGCGGCACUGCCGCCACCGCUACGGUUGCAGGCGCCGCAGGCGCCGCGGCUCAAUCUCGUCUCGCAGGCUGCGCUAAACCGCCAGAUAACCGAAUGUACAGAUUGGUUGUCGCUGGAGGCGUUGUACCGCUCGCUCCGGAGUCCUGCUGGCGCCGCCGCCGCCGCCGCCGCCGCCGCCGCCGCCGGCAGCUCCUCCCCGCUGGGUGGCCCGCAGCUGGUGGCCAUGGCACGUCACCUGGCACGGCUGCCACGUCAUCGGUCCUACGCCAAAUUUGAGGAUGAGCGGCUGCAGCUGUUUGCGGCGGAGCUUGCGGCGGCGACGGUGCCGUUCUUAGGGGAAAUGGCGCAGGGCGAGUACUGCGCGCUUCUGUGGGCGUACGGCAAAGUCGACUGCCAUCCAGGUCAGGACUUUCUCGGCGCGCUGCUGCCGCGGCUGCAGCCGCUACUGCCGGCGGCCGGACCCACGGGUCUGUCUCAGGCGCUGUGGGGCCUGGCCCGCAUGGGUGCCGUACCGCCGGCGGCCUUCCUCACUGACUUUUACGCCGCCGCGACGGCGGCAUUGCGGCGCCGCUCCGCCAACCCGCAGCACGUGUCGAACCUUCUGUGGGCGUGUGUGAUACUGCAGCUACAGCCCCCUGCGGAGCUGCUAAAUCAGGGGCUGGCAGUGAUGGAUGGGAAGAUGCAGGACGCGAGUCCCCAGGCCCUCGCCCUGACGGCCUGGGCGGUGGUGCAGCUGGGGGAGCAACCGCCGCCCCUGGAGUGGUGGCGGCGGGUGCAGGGGGCGGCGCUGCGGCUCAGAGGGCAGCUACAGCCGCAAGAUAUUUCCCACCUGGUGUGGGCUACGGCCCGCAGCGGCCACCCGCCGCCACCCGACUGGCUGGCGGCCAUGUGUACGGAGGCGCACGGGUGCUUGAGGGGCUUCAGGGCGCAGGAGGUGUGCAACCUGUUGUGGGGUUUGGUGGUAUCCGGAUAUAAGGCCCCGGAGGCCUGGAUUACGACGACCAUCACCGCGGCGCAGAACAUGCUGCCGACUUUCAAGGCCUUUGAAUUGGCUGUGUUACUUUGGUGCCUUGCCUCCUUGCAAGCCGGGCCCCUGCUUCCUCGCACAUUCGCGGGGGCGCUGUUCUUCCACUCGGGGCCCAAAUUGGGGUUCUUUAGCGCGCAGGACUGUGCCAACGUCAUGUGGUCGCUAGGCCGCCUGAAGCUGCGUCCCCCCGAGCCGUGGAUGGCCGCCUUUGUGGAGGAGUCCUUCACCCAGCUGCCCCACUUCACCCCCCAACACCUGGCCAACGUCAUGUGGGGGUUUGCGCGGCUCAGUCGCUGUCCCCCGGAACCUUGGAUGGACAGGUUCUUCCUGGAGAGCCGGCCACUGCUGCUGUCCUUCAAGACCUCCGAGCUCGCCAUGCUGGCACUGGCACUGGGUAUUUCCCGCCUGGACCCCCCCCGCCAGUGGCUCAACCAGCUGCUGGUGGCGUCGUACUCCAAGCUAGAGCACUGCAGCGCCCAGGAGCUAGCCCACUUGGUGUGGGGCCUCUGGCGCCUCUCCUUCAAACCGCCGCAGCGGUGGCUGGGGGCGGUGGCGGAGGCCGCAUCUAGGUUGCUGGCCCGCGGUGGAGCCGUCACCCCCACGGACCUGGUGACGCUGGACAGGGCCUUUGCAACUUUUGGCGCGGAGCUGCCGGUGAAUGUACGGCAGGCGCUGGAAGCGGCGAAUGCGGCGGCGGCGGCGGCUGCUGGGACGGAGGCGGAGGAAGUUAUGCCGUUGCAAGACCCGGCGGCGCGGCGGCGCCAGCAGCAACAGACAAGGACGACGACAACGAUGAGGAGGAGGGCGGGGCUGGGGCAAGGGCUGCGACGCGGCGCAGCCGGUCAGCAGAUUAAGAAUCCGAGUAAGCAGCUGCAGCGGCAGCAGCAACCGCCGCCGCCGCCGCCGCGGGAACGUAAUUUGAGGCCGCGAUUACACCAGCAGCAGCAGCAACAACAGCAACAGCGGGGCAACUUUGUGAAACAAGAUCAAGAGGGGAUGCCCCCGCUGCCCGCACAGAGGCGGAGGAGGAGAACAGGAGAUCUCCAAGUCAGCUUCAGCACCCCUUCCUCGCAGCAAGAUGCCGCAUCCUUGGGAGCAGCAGCGGCGGCGGCGGCGGAUGUAGGUGCGCUGCCGGAGGCGGCUACUUUAGCGGCACCCGUAGGGAAGGCGGAAGCGGAGGUGGCGACUGCGGCAAUGAGUGCGGCGAAGGUGGAGCUACCACCACUGCCGCCGCAGCCGCCGCCGCUUAAACGCGCACGUCUGCUCAGAUCACCGUUACGGGAUGUCGUGCCGUCAGCCCGGCAAGUGGAGGCUGCGGCGGUGCCAGAUGAAGCAGUAAUGGUGGCUUCGGAGGACGCCCUUGCGGAAAGCGGCGAUGUUGCGGCCGCCGUGUCGGCGGCUGCAGAUGCCGCAGCCGCAGCUUAUCCGGAUGGUUGUGGUCGUGGUCGUGGUGGUGAUGCUGGCGGAGGCGACGCUGCGGCGCAGAGUGUCGUACAGCAGGCGGCAGAAGCGGCGGUAGUUGACAUGGUGGUGGCGGCGGCGCUGCCCCGGGCGCUGGGAGAGGAGGUGCAGCCGCAAACCGGUCUGGCUGAAGUGCCGCCAGGCGAGGCUUUGUUAGGAGGCGCGGAGAUGCCGUUACCAGCGGCGGCGGCGGCGGCAGCAGCGGCGGCGGAGCGGCGACGGGAGAAGCGACGGAAGGACCGACAGGGGGGCCCGGGUGGUCCACAGCUUCCAGGCAACGACGACGAGGACAUCCACCUCCGAAACCCACUCCAUUCCCCAGCUCCCACGGCAACCCCACUGCCACCAGCCACAAUCCACCUAGGCGCUACUGCCGCCACUACCCAACGGAGUAGCACCAGCACGAGCACCAGCACCGACAACGACACCGGCGCGGCGCUGUUGUCACUGACGACGGGCGCGCGGGGCGAAGGGGAAGAGGAACUCAGCUGA